CGCCAACGGCGCGGUAGCACGGCGGACGCCCGAAAGCUUGUUUCUCAGCCCCACUCUCCGAGAUAGGAAGUUGUGGGUUGAUAAGUGAAAUCCAGAGCUAUUGCUGCGACCCGUGAAUAUAAAACACAACACUCGUCCAUUGAGAUGGACUACCGCACCAUUGUAGACCUUCCGGGGGAGCUGCUGUAUCUCUGGCACGCUCAUCGCACCGAGGUCGUGUUGACGGGAGGAAUUCUGGUAGCGAUUGUGCGAUUGGCACUGUAUUGGCGAAGCAGGAAGACGGCGCAGCUUGCAAGGCAUGCCUUGAGUCUAGAGACGAAGCAAGUACCGGAGAAUGUCACGCUGUUGAAACCGCCAGAAGCGUCAUCAACAAAGCGCAAAGUCAGUCCACCGUCUGCGCCAAAGCGAGUAACUGGUAGGCGGAAAACGAGGCCGCAAGAUGCGCAUUCCGAAGCUGUGGUUGGCAAGGUGCAGCCCGUCAUCUUCUACUACACUCUCGGCGGCACCACAAAAUCAUACGCGGAAAAGCUUGCCAGCGCUCUCAAGCAGACAGACUCUUCCAGCAGUGUAUUGGACCCUCAACUGCGUGAUCUUGCGCAGAUCGACUACGAUGACUACUUCAUUUCUGCCCCGAAGGAUGUCGAGCCACGUACCUCGUUCUUCUACAUCAUUGUUCUUCCGACCUACAACAUCGACACCGAGCUUUCCAACUUUCUCUCCCACCUAGAGGAAACGCACCACGACUUCCGGAUCGAUACAGCUCCACUCUCUGCGUUAGCUGGCUACAGCGUCUUCGGCUUUGGUGAUCAGCAGGAAUGGCCUACGGAGCAAGAGGGGUUCUGCAGUCAGGCCGUGGAGGUGGAUAAGUGGAUGGCAAGAUUGACAGGAGGCAGGCGAGCCUUUCCGUUGGGUAUGGGAGAUGUGAGCGGUAACGUAGAGCUUAGAUUGGCUGAGUGGGCACGAGGCGUGGGAGCGAUUAUGGGCGACUUGGCGAAUGGGCAGGGACUGGGUGAGGGUGUGCUUGGUAGCGGAGGGGCAGCAGAGAGCGCAGACGAAGCGGAUGAAGUAGACGACAUGAAUGUUGUAGCCUCCGCAAAGGCAUCCAGAAAGACGAGGCUUACCAAACGCUCAACUGGAGACGAUCUGGAAGACCUCAAGGCGCCCAUCCCGUUUGACUUCACCACCUCGAAGUCUCCAAGCAUCGCACCUCCACCAAGAGCCAUGGUUCCACCAACCUCACCAACCUAUUCUUCCCUGACCAAGCAAGGCUACACUAUCGUCGGAACGCACUCCGGCGUGAAGAUUUGCCGCUGGACCAAAUCCGCUCUUCGCGGUCGCGGCUCAUGCUACAAAUACAGCUUCUACGGCAUCGCCUCCCAUCUCUGCAUGGAAGCCACGCCUUCGCUCUCCUGCAGCAACAAAUGCGUCUUCUGCUGGCGCCACGGCACAAAUCCCGUCGGCACUACAUGGCGGUGGGAAGUCGAUCCACCUGAUCUCGUCUUCGCCGGGAUGAAGGAAGGCCAUUACAAGAAAAUCAAGAUGAUGAAAGGCGUCCCCGGCGUGCGAGCAGAACGCUACGCCGAAGUCAUGGGCACAGCUGCAGGCCAGGGAAUCAGACAUUGCGCGUUAAGCCUCGUCGGCGAACCGAUCUUCUACCCUCACAUCAACGAACUCUUGGCUCUCCUACACAAAGAACACAUCAGCACCUUCCUCGUCUGCAACGCGCAGCACCCGGACCAACUCGCCGCCCUAGCCCCAGUCACCCAACUCUACGUCUCCAUCGACGCCUCCAACAAAGACUCCCUUCGCCGCAUUGACCGGCCGCUGCACCGUGACUUCUGGGAACGCUUCCAGCGGUGCAUGGACAUCCUUCGCUCCAAGCGCUUCACACAGCGGACAGUCUUCCGGCUGACACUGGUCAAGGGUUUCAACAUCGAGGAAGAAGCGGAAGGGUACGCGGACCUAGUCCAGCGUGCCCUGCCCGGCUUUGUCGAGGUGAAAGGAGUCACUUACUGUGGAACCUCUACCGCCGCGGGCGCGGGACUGAGUAUGCAGAAUGUUCCGUUUUACGAGGAAGUCACCGCUUUUGUGCUCUCGCUAGAAGCGGCGCUGCAGAGGAGAGGACUGGAUUAUGGCAUCGCGGCCGAGCAUGCACAUUCGUGCUGUAUCUUGCUUGCGGAUCGGACGAGGUUCUUCCGGCCCGCGAAGGACGGUGGGCCGGAGAGGUGGCAUACUCUGAUAGAUUAUCCGGCUUUCUUCCGGUGCUUAGAGGGUGGCGAGACAUUUGGGCCGGAGGAUUACAUUGGGCCGCCUACAGCCGAGUGGGCAUCGUUUGGCAAUGGUGGGUUUGAUCCUAGGGACGAGAGAGUGGAUCGCAAGGGGAGGGUGAAGGUAGUUGAGAGAUGAAUAAUGAGUGUCGUUAAGACAAAUCAUGAACCGUAGUAUGAGAGAUAUGUGAGCAGACUGCCAAUCUCGCAGAAUCUAAACUUUUACGAGAACGCCUCGCUAACAUUUCUGAGUUCCCAC